UCGAUAUUAUUUUGUAUAGAAGGAUAUAGUUUGUUAAUAUUCUGUAAUUAUCUUGUGAGAUCUCCUAACGUGUUUAGGACUCACUCUUGUAACCCGAUUUUAACCGUAUAUAUAUUUAAUCAAUGGAAUCACUCCAAGCUAACAAUAUUAAAUCAAACUAAAAUUAAUUUAACUACGUCAUCUUCAAACAUAACAUACUCGAAUUACAAUAAUUCAUUAUUAUAAUAAAAAAUUACUUGUACUCCAAAUUUAUUUAUUACUUUUCUCAAAAGGAAAAUAUAAUACGAGGACUAGAGAGUAGAGAGGUUACAAAUGCACUUUAAUUAAAUCACCUAACAUGAAAAAAGGAAAAUAAAGAAAAAAGAAAAAUAAAUAAAAGCAAAUAUACCUCUUCACUCUCAAGUUCUUAAUUGGAGUAAGAAAUACUCCAAUUCGUUUCUUCACCUCUUUAUAAAUGUAAAAUUUCAUCUCCCUCUUUCUUUCCUCAUUCAAACCCAUUUCUCUCACUAAAAUUAUAGAGAGAGAAAGCUUAGUAAACCUCAUCAAUGGAGAAAUGGCAGAAAUUGUGGCUUUCUCUCACUUCAACUAACACUAUUACAUUGAUUAUCUCCUUCUUAGUCAUCACUUUCGCCGUCUUUGGCAUCCAUGGCAGAAAUUAUUCUUCGACGAGCUUCGACGACGCUUCUAAUGGCGGCGCUCCGAAGCUUCGUCAGCUCUCUUUCUCCGCCAUUCAACUUCAAAGCGUCGCUACUUCUACCGAUUCUCCUCCUCUUCUCUCCUCCAACUCCUCCGUUCAUCAUCGCUUCGCUCCGAGGAAAAAGAAGGGAGGAGUAGAGGAAGGAUUAGCAAGAGCACGAGCGGCGAUUCGAAGAGAAAAGGCAGCUUGGAAUAGAAGAAAUCGAUCGAUAACUUUGAAUAAUCCUUCCACUUUCAUUUACCGUAAUCCCCGAGCUUUUCAUCAGAGUUAUCUAGAAAUGGAAAGGAGAUUGAAAGUGUACGUGUACGAUGAGGGUGAUCUGCCUAUCGUACAUGACGGACCAUGCAAGGAUAUCUACACUAUUGAAGGGAGGUUUAUUCAUGAGAUUGAGCAUGGAAGUACGCGGUUCAGAACAAGAGAUCCCAAACAUGCCCACAUUCACUUUAUGCCUUUUAGUGUUACAUGGAUGGUGAAAUACCUUUACAAGCCAAAGUCCUACGAUGUCACUCCUCUCAAUCAAUUUGUCUCGGACUAUGUCAAUGUGAUUUCCACCAAGCACCCCUUCUGGAAUCGGACACAAGGGGCUGAUCACUUUAUGCUGGCUUGUCAUGAUUGGGGACCUCAUGCCUCAAGGGGAAACUCAGAUCUCUACAACAGAUCCAUCAGGGUAUUGUGCAAUGCAAACUCCUCUGAAGGCUUCAACCCACAAAAGGAUGUGAGCCUACCAGAAAUCCACCUAUAUGAUGGCAACAUUUCUCCGAAACUCCUCUCCAUUCCUCGAAAAACUUCCCCUCGUCCAUACCUUGCCUUCUUUGCUGGUGGUCUCCAUGGCCCGAUAAGGCCUAUUCUCCUUAGUCAAUGGAAGGGACAGGACCCUGACCUGCAAGUCCACGAAUACCUCCCAAAGGAAUUAGAUUACUACACUAUGAUGCUUCAGUCUAAGUUCUGCCUUUGUCCUAGUGGUCAUGAAGUUGCUAGCCCAAGAAUAGUUGAAGCCAUAUAUGCUGAAUGUGUGCCAGUUAUACUGUCAAAAAACUACGUUUUGCCAUUCAGUGAUGUUUUGAGAUGGGAGGCGUUUUCGAUAGAGGUAGAUGUCAAAGACAUUCCAAGGUUGAAAGAGAUUUUGAGAGCAAUACCAGAAGAGAAGUACAGAAGGCUAAUUGAAGGGAUCAGAGCUGUCAGACAGCAUUUUGUUCUUAACACCCCUGCAAAGAGGUUUGACGUUUUUCAUAUGAUAUUGCACUCAGUAUGGCUCAGGAGAUUAAACUUGAAACUUAGGUAACAAUACUUGUAACAUAUAGAAAUCAUAAUAGGAUUUUGUUUAAAAUUUAUUUUACAUUCAUAUUGAUCUAAUCAACAGAUCAGACAACAGGAUAUACAAACGUUAACUGUUUGAGGUCACACCGAAGAAUUUUUUUUUUUGUUCUGAUCAGUUUGUAAAUAUAAUGUUCUUCUGAAUCGGGAACUUUUCUUCUGUUAUUUUGAAUAAUUGGUUAAGUAAAUGUCAUUAUUCUAGUUGGAA